UCCUCAUUCGGAUCCUUUUCGAUGUUUGACUACGUCUACCAACCCAACCCUCUCUCUAUCGAUAAAUAAACAAGGGUUCCUCGCUUCAUACACUGUACUCUUGUCGUGAUUCCUCAUCGUUCUCUCCGCUCUUGCCUCCACUCCUGCGUCACCAACACUUUCUCUAGUAAUCAUGUCAACCUUGUCAAGUGUGAAGUUUUCCCCAAAUUGUGAGUUCCGAGUUUCAUGCCAAAACCAACUCACCAGUGCCGUAGUUAAGUGCCCAUCCUCAGUUGAAUUUGUGAGGUGUGUUCCCAAAACACUUGGCUUGAAGUCAUCACUCUCGUUUAGGACAACUACCAUGGCUGCCUACAAGAUUAAGUUGAUUGGUCCUGAAGGACAAGAGAAUGAGUUUGAGGCCCCUGAUGAUUCCUACAUCCUAGAUGCUGCAGAAAAUGCUGGAAUUGAGCUCCCUUAUUCAUGCCGAGCUGGAGCAUGCUCUACCUGUGCUGGGAAGAUAGUAUCUGGUUCUGUGGAUCAGUCGGAUGGCUCAUUCCUUGAUGACAAUCAAAUGAAGGAUGGGUAUGUUCUAACCUGUGUCUCCUACCCAACUUCAGAUUGUGUAAUUCACACUCACAAGGAAACUGAUCUCUACUGAGACCAGUAAAAUGGAGCUGUCAGGAGUAAAGUCAGGAUUUUAAGGAGACCUUGAGGCCAACUGAACUUGUUCUUUCCUAUUUUCCUGUCGUUGUUUUGUUCCGUGCACAGUCAAUGGUUGUUAUCAAGUUGUUUAAAAUGAACGUUAUGGGGUUGCCAGUAAUUUAGGAUUUGAUGGAUUAUGCCUCUGUUGGUGCUAGGAACCAUUGUGAUUUUAAUAUGGUAAGCUUUUUCGCUAGGCAUUAUUUCAUUGAGAUGGUGUUGCUUUCUGAAUGACCGAUAUUGAACGAA